AUGGCGACACGAGGCUUUGUUUCGUGUCUAUCAAUCGGUUUCUUCAUCGCCAUUAUCUCCGUUUACGUCGUCGCCGGCAAUUAUAAUCACAAAAACCAAUACCCUUUUCUCCGUUCUUCUCCAAAUUCCCUCAUUCCUCGAUCCGACGAAAAAGUCUGGCCUAAAUUGGAGUUCAAUUGGAGAAUUGUGUUGGCAACAGUGAUAGGGUUCUUGGGUUCUGCAUGUGGAACAGUUGGUGGUGUUGGUGGUGGUGGCAUUUUUGUUCCCAUGUUGACUUUGAUUGUUGGUUUUGAUACCAAGUCUGCUGCUGCUCUUUCUAAGUGUAUGAUAAUGGGGGCAUCAGCAUCAUCAGUUUGGUACAAUCUAAGAGUACCACAUCCAUGCAGAGAAGUACCAAUUCUGGAUUAUGAUUUAGCACUUCUGUUUCAACCUAUGCUCAUGCUUGGAAUCACUCUUGGUGUAGCUCUAAGUGUUGUUUUCCCCUAUUGGCUCAUCACUGUUCUCAUCAUUCUCCUCUUCUCAGGGACAUCUUUAAGAUCUUUCUUUAAGGCAAUUGAGAUGUGGAAGGAAGAGACAAUAUUGAAGAAAGAAAUGGAAAGGCCACAGGAGUCGUUCGUCAAUUCUCGAGGGGAAUUGCUGAUUGACACAGAGCCACUGAUUCCUAAAGAGGAGAAGACACCAAUGCAAAUUCUUCGGUUCAACUUACGCUGGAAGAUGCUUACGGCUUUAAUAGUCGUAUGGGCUGCUUUUCUAGCUCUUCAGAUCAUUAAGAAUGGGUUAGUAGCAUGCAGUACAUCUUACUGGGUAGUCACUGUAAUACAGUUCCCUGUAGCACUGGCAGUAUUCACAUAUGAAUGUGUUAAGUUGUACAAGGAAAGCAAGAAGAGGAAAAGCAUGGGGAACACUGAUGCGGUGUGUGAGGCUUCAAUUGAUUGGACCGCUCCUCACCUUACGUUUUGUGCACUUUGUGGGAUCUUGGGUGGCACCGUGGGUGGCCUCUUGGGUUCAGGUGGUGGGUUCAUCCUCGGCCCACUCUUACUCGAGAUUGGUGUCAUACCACAGGUUGCAAGUGCGACAGCUACGUUUGUGAUGAUGUUUUCAUCUUCAUUAUCAGUGGUUGAGUUUUACCUUCUGAACCGAUUCCCAAUUCCUCAUGCUUUAUACCUGAUGUCUGUAUCCAUUUUGGCCGGGUUUUGGGGUCAAUUCUUCAUAAGAAAACUUGUGGCUUUUCUAAAGAGAGCUUCAAUUAUCAUCUUCAUUCUUUCGGGUGUCAUCUUUGCCAGUGCUCUUACAAUGGGGGUUAUCGGGAUCGAUAGAAGCAUCAGAAUGAUACAAAACCAUGAAUUCAUGGGAUUUCUUGACUUUUGUAGCAGUCAGUAG